AUGCCUGGCGCCCCGCCCAGCCUAUCCCAUGCAAGGAGCAGCGGGCUGGCGGCCCGGCGCAAGGGCGACCCACUCGGUGGCUUCGCCCCCCAUCCCCAUCCACCCACCCCGCGUCCGCGCGUGCGCCCGGCACCCGCCACCUUCCGCGUGGCCUCCGGCGCCGCCCCCCUCCCCGCCUGCCUGCUGGACGUGCAUCCGGAGGUGGCCGCCGCGCUGGCGGCGGGCGAGGCGGUGGUGGCGCUGGAGAGCACGAUCAUCAGCCACGGCAUGCCCCACCCCGCCAACGUGGAGACCGCUGCGCGGGUGGAGGCCGCGGUGCGCGCCGCCGGCGCCGUGCCCGCCACCAUCGCGGUGCUGGGCGGCACUGCCACGCUGGCGCGCAGCCGCAUCGCCGUGGUCUGCGCCGGGCCCAAGACGCUGCUGGACAUCCCACGCACAUUGGAGGUCCUGGAGACGGCGGGCGUGGGCGUGGCCGCGCUGGGCACCGACGAGUUUCCCGCCUUCUUCACGCCGCGUAGCGGCUGCGCCGCACCGCUGCGCGUCGAGGACGCGGCGGGGUUCGCGCGCAUGGUCCUGGCGCAGGAGCGCCUGGGACUGACCUCCGGCCUCAUCCUGGGUGUGCCCAUCCCCGAACACCUGGCGGCUGAGGGGCAAGAGAUCGAGGCCGCCACGGCCACCGCUCUGGCGGAGGCCGAGGCGCAGGGCAUCCAGGGCGCCGAGAUCACGCCCUUCAUGCUGGACAGGAUCCAGGUGCUGACGCAGGGGCGAUCCCUGGCCGCCAACAUCCAGCUCAUCCUGAACAACGCCAGGGUGGGCGCCGAGGUGGCGGUGGAGCUGUCACGGCUGAGGAGGGGCGGGCAGGGCCAGGCGACAGAGGGGUGA